UAACCCUCUUCCAAAAAAUCAUAAUCCUCUCCCAAAAAAUCCACCUUCCUCUUCACCAUCUUCAUCCUUCUCGCUUUCUCUUCCUCUCACUAAAACUUUUCCCAUACACUAAAACCCUCACUUGCAUUAAUAAUUGUGUUGUAUUCAACUUCAAUAACUAAACUAAACCCAAACAAAAAACCCCUUCAAUUAUUUAUCAUUUUUAUCACUUCACUCAAAAAAAAAAAAAAAAAACUCAACUUCAAUAUCAAAUAAUAAAUUAUUUUUAUUUUUAUAAUUAUAUAUAUAUAUGCUUGCCGGUGAUGCCGACGCCGGUAAGCACAGCGCGCCAAUGUUUAACCGACGAAGCAGCGCGUGCACUAGACGAAGCAGUUUCUGUAGCGCGUAGACGUAGCCACCCUCAAACAACCUCUCUCCACGCCAUCUCAGCCUUACUCUCUCUCCCUUCCAAUGCUCUACGCACCGCCUGCUCAUGCUCACGCGCCACCACUUUCCCUUACUCCCCUCGUCUCCACUUCCGUGCCCUAGAACUCUCUGUCGGAGUCUCCCUCGACCGUCUCCCUACAACAAAAACCACCGCCGUCGUCACCUCCGGCGAUGACGGCGGCCCACCGGUGUCAAACUCUCUCAUGGCAGCCAUUAAACGCUCUCAAGCAAACCAACGUCGUCAUCCAGAUAGCUUCCAUUUACUACAGAUAAUGCAGCAACAGCAACAAAACCAGAAUCAAACUGCGUCGUUUUUGAAAGUUGAGUUGAAGCAUUUCAUUCUCUCUAUUCUUGAUGAUCCUAUAGUUAGUAGGGUUUUUGCAGAAGCUGGUUUUCGUAGCUAUGAUGUUAAGUUUGCUUUACUUCAACCACCACCACCACCACCAUCUUCUAGAUUCUUUCACCGUUCUUCACCUCCGGUUUUUUUAUGUAAUAUUGAACCGGACCGGUUUGAAACGGUUCGGUUCGAUGAGAAUUCAAGAAGGGUUGUUGAUGUUUUAGCUGGGAAGAGUGGGAGUAAGAGAAGUCCUCUUUUGAUGGGUGUUUAUGCAAAAACCGCUUUAAAAAGGUUUAUAGAGUUAGUUCAAAGUGGAAAAGUUGGUUUUUUACCUAACGAGCUUGAUGGGUUAAAAGUGGUUUCUAUUGAGAAUGAGAUUUUUGAAUUUUUUCUUGGAAAUGGGAGUGAGGAGAAGAUGGGGUUGAGAUUUGAUGAAGUGGGUCAUUUAGUUGAACAAAAUUUACAUGCUGGUGUUGUUCUAAGUUUUGGGGAGAUUGAGGUUUUUGUGAAGAACAAUAACGAUGAUGAUGUUAUUGAUGAUGGUGUUGUGUUUGUUGUUUCAAGGUUAACAAGGUUAUUAGAGGUUUAUGGUGGGAAGAUUUGGUUGGUGGGUGUAGCAGGAAAUUGUGAUGUUUAUACUAAGUUUUUGAGGUUGUUUCCUAAUGUUGAAAAAGAUUUGGAUUUGCAUGUUUUGCCUGUGACAUCUGCUACUCCUUCUAUGGAAGGACUAUACUCUAAAUCCAGCUUAAUGGGGUCCUUUGUUCCAUUUGGUGGAUUCUUUUCUACACCUUCUGAUUUCAGAAAUCCCAAUCCAUCUUUAACUCUUUGUGACACAUGCAAUAAAAAGUAUGAACAAGAAGUUGCUGAUAAUUAUGUGAAUGUAGGACCUUCUUCUUCAGCAUCAACAAGCUUACCUUGGUUACAAAAGGUUAAUGUGGAUUCAGACAGAGGAUUGGGUUUGGCAAAGACUAAUGAAGAUAAUGCAAGUUUGAAUGCUAAGAUCUUCGGAUUGCAGAGGAAAUGGAGUGAUAUCUGUCAACAUCUUCAUCAAAACAAAUCAUUACCUGAAAUCAAUAUUUCCCAAACAUUAACGGGGUUCCAAGCUCCAUUCCACGAGGGGUUUCGAUUCGGUAGAGGAACUAGCAGCCUUAAUGAAAUCCACUGUUCUAAUCCAAUUCCCUACAUGUCUAAAGAGUUACAAAGUCCAUUUCCAUCUAAACAGAUGUUACCAUUUUCACAACCUUUUGAUACUACUCUUAGUGCCAAAGAUAAAGCUGAACAUGUACCGAAAGUUUCAAAAUUAGACAUACAAAAUCCUCUCCUUAACCACAGGUCAUCUUUGUCCCUUAUUCCUGUCACCACGGAUUUGGUUUUGGGAACAACAUAUACAUCGGUUACUCAUGAGCCAGAUACCCCGAAACUAAAUGAUCAUAAGAAGCAUCUUCAGCACUUGUCGGAUUCUCUUUCGACUGAUUUUGAUGCUAUGAAUGAGAGUACUUCAAACCAAAUUGCUAGAUCCUCUUCCUACUCGGGUCAUAAUUCCGAUGGAAAAUUUGAAAUGGUUGAUUUCAAGUCACUUUACAAACUUCUUAUCGAAAAAGUUUGGUGGCAAGAUGAGGCAAUAUAUUCUAUCAUCAAUAUUAUGACACUUUGUAGAUCAAGUGACGGAAAGCGCAGUGGAUCGAAUGUUAGAGCCGACACAUGGUUUUCUUUCCUUGGACCAGAUAGAGUCGGAAAAAGAAAAAUUGCUUCAGUACUUGCAGAAACUCUAUUUGGAAGCAAACAAUGCUUAAUCUCAGUGGAUUUAAGCUCUAAGGACAGGUUUCAACCAUUGAACUCGAUUUUCGAAUGUCACGAUGUGCUUAGGAGGAAGACAGUUGUGGAUUAUAUUGCUGGCGAGUUGAGUAAAAAGCCACGUUCGGUUGUGUUUCUUGAAAAUAUCGAUAAAGCUGAUUUAAUUGUGCAGAAUAGUUUGUUACAAGCUAUAAGAACAGGUAAAUUUCCAUACUCACAUGGUAGGGAAAUCAGCAUUAACAAUUCAAUAUUUGUUGUGACCUCUUCUGUGUUCAAAGUUGGCGGCGUUUUUGAUAUGGAAAAGGAACCAAAGAUAUUUCCCGAGGAAAGAAUCCUUGAAGCUAAAAGAUAUCAAAUUGAAUUAUCACUUGGACAUGCUUCCGAGGAUAUCUUUAGAAGCGGUAGCAAAAACGUGAGGGUUUCAAAGAGAAAUGGAACAUUUCUGAAUAAAAGAAAGCUCUGUGAAACUGAAAGCAGUGAUUCCAAUGAGAAAGUAACUAGCAAGACAAUGAAACAUAUCAAAGAGGCGUCGCGGUCGUAUCUGGAUUUGAAUAUGCCUCUGGAAGAGGAAGUGGAGGACGGUGAUUGUGAAAAUGAAUCUGUAGUUCAAAAUCAUGAAACAUGGUUAAAUGACUUCCUUGCACAAAUUGAUGGAAAAGUGGUUUUUAAGCCAUUCAAUUUUGAUUUACUUGCUGAGCAAGUAAUCGAACACAUUGACAAACAAUUUCAAACACCGUUCGGAUCAAAUUUUGUGCUGGAAAUUGAUUACGAGGUCAUGUCAGAGAUACUUGCUGCUGCUUGGUUAUCAGACAAGAAAAAAGCAGUGGAAGAUUGGAUUGAACAUGUUCUUGGAAAUAGCUUUGUUGAGGCACAAAAGAAGUAUCACAAUGUAGCUGAAUAUGUCAUGAAAUUGGUUAAAUGUGAAAGCAUUUUUGUGGAAGAGCAAGCUACAGGAGUAUGCCUUCCAGCUAGAAUUAACUUGAACUAAAUUUUUGAUCACUAUAUGUAUUGUAAUGUAAUUACUUGUAUAAUGUAGCUUGUAGGGUAUAAAGCAUUUGGUAGUUAUAGCAUUUUAAGGCUAAUUAAUCCCACGAUUUUUUUUCUUUUUGUGGUGAUAAUUGUGAUGUGAUUUCAUAUGGUAAAAGAAUGUAUAAUCUUCACCACCAGUUUUCCUGUUUAUUCUGAUGGGAUGAAUAAUUUAAAUUUUUAGAUAUUAAUUUAAGUUAGGGAUUUCAAUUUA